AUGCGCCUUCACCUGAUUAUUUCCCGCCACGGCCUGCCGGCCACGCGCAUUCUGUGGACGACAACCUCCUCGCCUUCUGCGCAAGGAGAAUAUGGUACGCAGAGCGCGGCCUCAGCGUCGAUGGUUGCAUCGUCGAGGACGCCGAAUAUUGCCUUUGCGAAUGGCGGAUAUACUGUCGCGCAGCUUCUGGAGGAUGUGAAUGAGGUUGUGCCGCUAGAGACGGAACCCACCAUGUUCGAUCCAGAGUUCAGUGGUCAGUGGGGAUUGGAAGACUAUGUGGUUGAAGUCGCUGGGUCCGAAUGUCUGCAUUUCAUGGAGGUGGAUGGAUUACUGAGGGAUGGGGACGAGGUUGUUAUUCGAGCGCUUCAGCUGGCGGACCUCCGAGCAAGACGGCUGUGUGGUCGUCACCAGAUUACAAGCGAUGGCAAGCAUCUCAUUGAUGGUGUGCCCUUCGGCAUGCCUUUCUUCAACCGAACUUCCUCGAACCGACCUGCGAUUACCAUUCCCCCACGAAAGAAGCGGCGGACCAUGUUCCCCGGCUGGGACCACGGCCCAGCCUUUGGGUACGAAUUUGCAAAUGAAAAUGCCCAUGCUGAUGCCGACGAAGAGGGCGAUGGGGAAUGGUUGCCUCCAGGUGACACUGGUUUCGGAAAGGAGCUCUCGAUCUUGCCCCCGGAGCACGAAGUGUCUGACAUGGGGACUGUAAUCAGACACCCUGUCAAUUACUCAGGAGACACAGACAGCGAGGCAGAUGGGUCUGAGCCUGAGGAUGAUGAGCUCGAGAGUGAGCUCAAGGCUCUGAAAGAAGACUUUGAAGAGCCUGCAUCGCAAUUCAUCGAUAUUCGUACCCAGGGUCAAGUCGCUCCUGGCCCUGCGCUACGUUCUAGCUCUGUGGCUAAGCGACCAUUGUCAGCAGAUACCCAGCGCCGAUCAUCGUUGGUUGGUGCAUCUUCUCUGUCCAGCAAGCGGUCCCGCGGCGAUGACUCCUCGCCGAGAGCGUCAAAGGCCGUGAGAUUCAACAAGGGCGAACAAGGCGUUCCCGAAAUUCCCGAAUUACUGCAACCGAAAGUCAGCAGGGCUAAAUCAUCUGACUCAGACGUGGGUUUAUCGUCUCCCUCAUCGGCCAGCGAGUCAAGCGAGGCAUCUAGCGAGGAAGAAGACGACGACUCGUCGGAAGGGGCAUCGUCUGAUUCGUCAUCCUCUGACUCGGAAGAUUCCAGUUCAGAAGAUGAUAGCUCCGAGUCUGAAGACGAUGAGGUUGACCUGCCUUCGCAGAAAACAUCCCAGCCCGCUAUUGUGAACCCCCCUGGUGAAGGAUCAACCCGUACCAAGAAAAGCAACCAGCGCUUCAAACUGCGGCGCCGUCUCUCCAAGCUGAAAGAACUCGGUGUGCUCCCAGAGACAGCCGACUUUGCGACACUCCGUGCCUGGGAAGAGGAAAACGGAGGUUGGCAUGUCCCUGACGAGACAAGCAUCAUGUCUGCCACAUUGACAAAGGCACAGAAGAAGGAACAGGAGCAACGUGAAUUCGAAGCCAGGCGACAGAAGCUGCUUCGAGAUCUCGCCGCUGGCGGUGUUGAUAUCGAAGGGACUUCGGAGAAAGAAAACGUGCCUCCUCCUCAGCAACCUACCGCGACCGAACAAGCCGUCCCUAAAGAGAGUCCAACGGGUGAACUGGAUGACAUGCAGCAGUCUACUCGGCGUACUCUUGAUGUUGCAAGCUCUCGGAGGCUCCUUUUUGGGUCUUUGGGCGUACGUAUGCCACGGACUAAAGAGGACGAAGAAGCUACAAGGAGAAAGCUAGCUGCUAAGGCUAGUGUGGUCCACUCUCGCAGGAAAACAGCAGAAAAACAGCCAACCGAAGAAGAGGAAGAAGAGAGCGAUGAAGAUGAGGAUUGGGAAAGCAAGCUCGUCAUCAAGGCUAUAGAGUGUAUCCAUGAUGAUAUCGAGCUCAGCGCCCCGCCAUUCCCAUUCCAGCAGCGCUGGGAUGAGGAUGCAGACGCACUGAUCCGGCAACGGAAGGGCUGGGGCAAGAAGCGCAAGCGCAAGCAGAGAAUUCAGGUCUAUAAUGGAGAUGAAGAGGGCGAGUAUGAGGAGGCGGAUGGCUAUGACGCCUAUGAGGACAACAUGCACCUCAACUACAACGACGAAUGGCCUACAGCUGAGGACAAUACUGCCAAUGUGACAGACUAUGAGGAAGCUACCGCUCCUGUGGUCGACGACCUGCCUGAUCUCCCGAGUGAUCUGAAUUCUGUUGCGGACCUUCUCGAAUGUGAAGCCAAAGUCGGGGCCAUCAUCGCUUUCCGGCAAUUGGACAUGUCCAAGGCUACAAAUUGGCAGCCCCAAAUGUCUGGAUACCGCGUUGCCGAGGUUCACGAUGUUCUUGGCAACGGGAGUAUCAACGUUCGACUAGCAAUGCGCGACCGACGACCCAAGGCAGACGUUGAUCCAGAAGAUGAUGAGCCCCGCGAAUAUAGCGGAUUUGAGAUGCCCGGGAUGGACGACGAAGACGAAGAGGACGAUGGUUUCCGUGAGGUUGCUUUUGCGGAACUCAGCGAUCCCAAGCUACUGCGACCUGCACCCUGGGUCGUUGACGACGAGUCCGAUAGCAAUGGCACGAGGGGGAAAGACAAGAACAAAGCUAAAGAAGGUAGCACUGUCUCUGUAGUCGAGGACUCCAUGCCGAACGCCCAGCUGGCCUCGCCUCCUCCACCUGUCGGAAUGGAUCUCGAUGAAACCACCUUCGUCAGCCUAGAUGACAACACCUUUGUCACUCUCGUUACCGCGGCCAGCCGUCCUCAGUCCCCGAACGAGUCUCCAGCGAGAGCUUCUGAUGUUCCAUCUAGACGAACGCCUGGUGGUGUGCCGCUUCCACACACACGGGGAAGAGAUGCGGAUGAUGAUCACAGCGAUACGCCUGCCGUUCCUUCGCCCUCUUUCUCCGGUUUCCAUUCUGCACGGUCGUCGCCAGGGGCGCGACUUGGCUCACGUUUCAGCGAGAUUGGAGAGAGCAAUCUUGAUGGUCACACUCUCAUUGGAGAUCAGGCCAUGCUGGCUGUGGACAAUUCUAUUCAAGAUCUAUCAACGCUGUCCUUUCUAUCUGCGAAUCAAUCGUUUUCGGAUAUGCAGCAAAGCGCACAGCACGAUCCCCAGGCCGUGGAUGAAUCAUUCCUCUCCGGCGCCAAUGACUCUCUUCUGUCUGUGGUGCACAAUCCAAUCGAGCGUGUAUCAGCAAAGUCUUCGCCUGCUCGGAGUGUCAUUGCAGCGAGCCAUAAUAGUUCACGAAAAGAAGGACCACCGCAGACGCCAGUGUCACAAGAAAAUAUUCUGGAUAUGCUACGGAGUGGCUGGCUAGAGCCAGACAACACCGACCAAGACAGAGACGAGGCCGACGAGGAUCUCAAUGAUCCAGAGGAUCACGAUAGCGUGAUUCACAGCGAACAGAGCCUCCGUCUCUCCCCGCAACCAUCUUCCAACCCUCCAACAAGCGCACAGCAAGAACCACACUCUCUGCUUAACCCGAGUACAGAUUAUCAGCUCGAGCAUGACUCGCCCGCGGCAGCAACCCGUUCCAAACGCCUUGCUCCAACCUCCGCUUCACAACCCAAUCAAUCACAAACCUCCGAUAUUAUUGACCUUACCCAAAGCCCUCUUCCAGACCUCAGCCAGGACACUCAUGGCUCAGAACACAGCCAGUCCAGGUGGGAGUCCCAGCCGAAUGGCGACGAGCAUACCCUUCCUCAGUCCUCGGGACGGAAGACCCGCAAGUCUACGGGGAAAAUCCAGCACAUGUCGGAGGUAAUCAUCAGUCCGCAGGCAAGCCAGAAGAAGGAUAAGAAGAAGAAGCGCUCGUCACGAAAGUUCUAG